GCUGCCCGCGCCGCCGCGCUCCUCGCCCCGCGCCUGCCCCCAGGAUGGUCGGUCCCCGGCACCCGCCCGGCGGGCUCUGCCUCCUGCUGCUGCUGCUGUGCCAGUUCAUGGAGGACCGCAGCGCCCAGGCUGGGAAUUGCUGGCUCCGCCAAGCAAAGAACGGCCGCUGCCAGGUCCUAUAUAAAACAGAACUGAGCAAGGAAGAGUGCUGCAGCACCGGCCGCCUGAGCACCUCGUGGACCGAGGAGGAUGUAAAUGACAACACGCUCUUCAAGUGGAUGAUUUUCAACGGGGGCGCCCCCAACUGCAUCCCCUGCAAAGAGACCUGCGAAAACGUGGACUGUGGCCCCGGGAAAAAAUGCCGAAUGAACAAGAAGAACAAACCCCGCUGUGUCUGUGCCCCAGACUGUUCCAACAUCACCUGGAAGGGCCCAGUCUGCGGGCUGGACGGGAAAACCUACCGUAACGAAUGUGCACUCCUCAAGGCCAGAUGUAAAGAGCAGCCGGAGCUGGAAGUCCAGUACCAGGGCAAAUGUAAAAAGACCUGUCGGGAUGUGUUCUGUCCAGGCAGUUCCACAUGUGUGGUGGACCAGACAAAUAAUGCCUACUGUGUGACAUGUAACCGGAUGUGCCCAGAGCCCACCUCCUCUGAACAGUAUCUCUGUGGGAAUGACGGAGUGACUUACCCCAGUGCCUGUCACCUGAGAAAGGCUACCUGCCUACUGGGCAGAUCGAUUGGAUUAGCCUAUGAGGGAAAGUGUAUCAAAGCAAAGUCCUGUGAAGAUAUCCAGUGCACCGGUGGAAAAAAGUGUUUGUGGGAUUUCAAGGUUGGCAGAGGCCGGUGUUCCCUCUGUGAUGAGCUGUGCCCUGAGAGUAAGUCUGAGGAGCCCGUCUGUGCCAGUGACAAUGCCACGUAUGCCAGCGAGUGUGCCAUGAAGGAAGCUGCUUGCUCCUCAGGUGUGCUGCUGGAAGUAAAGCACUCCGGAUCUUGCAACUGAAUCUGCCCGUAAAACCUGAGCCAUUGAUUCUUCAGAACUUUCUGCAGUUUUUGACUUCAUAGAUUAUGUUUAAAACAAAAAUUUUUUUAAACUUAUUGCAUAACAGCAGAUGCCAAAAACAAAGCAUCUCACUGCAAGUCACAUAAAAAUGCAACGCUGUAAUAUGGCUGUAUCAGAGGGCUUUGAAAACAUACACUGAGCUGCUUCUGCGCUGUUGUUGUCCGUAUUUAAACAACAGCUCCCCUGUAUUCCCCCAUCUAGCCAUUUCGGAAGAUACCGAGGAAGAAGAGGAAGAUGAAGACCAGGACUACAGCUUUCCUAUAUCUUCCAUUCUAGAGUGGUAAACCCUCCACCAAUGUUCAGUGUUGACAUAGCCUUUGUCAAAAAAAAAAAAAAAAAAAAAAAGAAAGAAAAAGAAAAAGAAAGAAAGAAAAAAGAAAAAAAAAUAUAUUGUCCAUACUUGUAAAUAAGUGUACGCUUAUUUAUUUGGGGGGGAAACUAUACAUAAAGGACUUUUGUCCUAGAGCUCUCUCCCAGGCCACCUUGUUACUCAUUGGACACGGAGAGGCAGUCAUUGUGAGGUCUACUGGAUGAGGCCCAUAGUUGAGACUUGUAGACAUUUAUUUAUACUGUGUCAUGUUUUAUAAUUUAUACAUAAAAUGUCUGGUUGACUGUACACCUUGUUUUUGAAGAAAUUUAUUCGUGAAAGGAAGAGCAGUUGUUAUUUAUUGUGAGGUCUCUUGCUUGUAAAGUAAAAGCUUUUUUUUUUCCUUGUAAACCAUUUAAGUCCAUUCCUUACUAUUUGCUCACUCAUCUGUCUCCCUCCCAUCUCACCGUCGUUAGACUCUUUUUCCACUUUAACAAACUUGCAUGUCAGUUUCUGUCAUGUUUAUUUAUUGGAUUCUCUGCUGCCUGUUCUGUACAUACAUGAUCCCUCGGGUUUUGUUUACAAGGAAUCUUGACUGACCAAAAGGCAUUAUAACUGACUCAAAUAGAAGGUACAGAGGAUACACCUUUGAGGAAACUCCUAGUUCAGUUCUCUUGUGAUUUGUGAGAGACAGGGUGAUAGUAAUGUUAGAAUUCUCAUAAUGUACUUUUGAGAUGUUACAAAUCCAAAGAAAUUGAGUGAUGUGGGUAUCUGGAGGCUGAUGGAAGGGAAUGCUAUACAUUCAACCUAUUGUUAGGUGUUUCCUUUAAGCUAGUCUGCUGUACCUCUUAAAUUAGUUCUUUUUCAAACAAUGUGUCACUAAAAGUUAUAUCAAAGCUUUAUCAGUUCAAGUUUCUUGCUUUUCAUAAUACUUUUUUCUGAUGCAAUUUUAUAUUUUCAAACAUGGCAAGUUAAAUAUAAAUUCAUUUAAAUAUAUAGUUUUGUACUUUUCUACCAUGUAAAUGUGCAAUGUAUAUAAAAGUUAUAAUGUGUAUUUGUAAAUAAAUGAUGAGUGAAAAAAUAAAAAAAUUUUAAAAAGCCAA